AUGAAAAAUCUUACAAAUUCACUUUCAUCAUCAUCAUCAUCAUCCAUAACGACACUAUCACCAUUCACUUAUUUUCGUAUCAAAUAUAAUCAGAGCAUUAAAUCAGCACCCUUAUUUCGAUAUUUAUUUCCGUUAGGAAUUUUGAGUGUUUUGAUUUCCUAUGUGAGAGGAGUGAGAGAGUAUAAUCGGAAUGUGGAGAUGCAUAUCCCCUAUGAUGUCUAUAAAUUCAGUAUUAAAGUAACGAAGAAAAUGGUACAAGAAUUGAUGUAUUUGAAAAAUCAACAUCCGUCUGUGGAUUGGAAUAACUCGGAAUUCAUUCAUGCUUUGAUUGUCAAUUGUUUUGAUAAUGCUCAUUCGAGACUCAUGUGUCAAUACAUGCUGGACAAAUACGGCAAUGAAAUUAUCAAGGAAGUUCUCAACAGCAAUAAUCAUGAUCCCUCAAAGAAGGAGCCUCGAACGACUCAUGCUGAUGAAGUAUUUAGCAAUUUAUUCAGUAAGAUUGAUUAUGCCAAUGUAGCCAACGAAUACUUUCAUCAGUAUGUGCAACAAACUCCACUCACUUCGUCGUACUUGGCUCACGAUUGGAAAUAUAGAAUGUAUCGAAUAGUCCAUGGGGAGAGUGACUAG